AUGACUGGUGUCGCCGCGGGCUUUGUUCAUUUUCUUGACCGACCUAACUAUGAGGGACGUCUUGUAUCUUUCUAUCGAAACAAGAAGCCGGAUGGUGCAGGACGAUUUAUUUCGGAAAUCUUGGAAUGGAAUCAUCAAAAGUUAGAAGACACCCAUGACUACAUACAAUGGCUGUUCCCUCUACCAGAAGAGUCAAUGGUUUCCAAAGCACCUCUAGUCAAUGCAACUACUUUCUCCAUGUUCCAUUGUUAUCCUGAUUUACGGUCCAGACUUAAGGAUUCUUUCGUCAAAAUGUUGGACUUCUACGGAUUCAAUAUCGCUGAUGAUGUGAACGAGAACAACGAGAACAGCACACCCAUUAUAAUCAAAUCUCCCAAUUUCGAUGUUAGAUGCAAGAACUGGCUCGUCAUGACUGACCAUAACCACCUACGAAUCAGCCGAAUCCUUCGCUCUCUCCGCAUUCUGGGCCUGGAGGCGGAAGCUGCUGCAUUCCAUGAUGCACUAUCAGACAUUAUCUACUCUAACCGUAGGCAAAUCGUGAGCUCUCGAUCUGUGGAAUUCUGGCGACGCGCUGCCCAGCGACCUCUACAUUGGGCACCGCAUUUGUCUGAAGAUGCAUGCCUCGCAGACAACCAAGCAGACAAAAAUUCGAAAGUAGGCCCAAAUUACCUAAGAGAUUAUGAGGGUUACAAACUGGCUAGAGCAAAGCAGCAGCGGCACGACAAAAAAAAGGCUCUCGAGGAACAGAAGGAAGCGGAAUUCCAAGCCACGAAAGCUCAUAUCGCUGCACUCAAUGCCGAGCGAAAGAUAGAGGUCGGCGAGCCUAGUCCACAACCACGAAUCAGUUAUUCUCGGAUGAACACCGAUCUCAUAUCUGUGUUUCACCUUGACAACAAGGAAUCUGCGGUUGCUGAUGUACGCGAAUUCUCGCCUGAUAUGGGAGGGGGUCUUCGAAGAAGUUAA